GUUAAUGAGUCUUGUGAGUGUGUUAAUGUGUCCUGUGAGUGGGUCACUGUGUUAAUGAGUCCUGUGAGUGUGUUAAUGUGUUAAUGAGUCUUGUGAGUGUGUUAAUGUGUCCUGUGAGUGGGUCACUGUGUUAAUGAGUCUUGUGAGUGGGUCUCUGUGUUAAUGAGUCUUGUGAGUGUGUUAAUGUGUCCUGUGAGGGUGUCACUGUGUUAAUGAGUCUUGUGAGUGGGUCUCUGUUAAUGAGUCUUAGGGACAGUGCCGCUGUGUAAAAUACUGCAGCUACUUAAAGGAAAGGAGCUGCAUGAUCUUCCAGUUUCUCUGCGGAGAGUCUAACAAACCAAGUUCCCCUUACAGCUGAUAUUAACACGCUGCAGAUCACAGUUUGGCUUCCUGGGUUAAAACCACAAAUGUCCCCAAAUAAAGGAAGUUGACAAGCACACAUUAUAGCUGAGAAUAUUUGUAAAAAACAAAAAAACAGUAAGCUAAAAUAGAAUCAACAAAAAAAGCAAACUAGUGCACUGUUGUUGCCACUGGUUUUCUUGCUCAAAAACUUAUUGCAUGUAAACAUUUUCAUUCUGUAUUAUGAAUCUUUCUUUUAAAAAAGGUGCAUCUGUGCUAAAUAUUUAAACAGCAUCGCAGCAGUCUUCCUGAGAGGUGGGAACUUUGAAGUUCCUGUUCGAGAGCCGCUAAAGAAACUGUGGCUGGUCCCACUGUCUUCUUAAUUUGUGUAUUCAUUUCCUUAAAGCAUCCACCAAGUUUACAAAAUGUACGUCUGGCACCAUUCACAUGGACGGACAUUUCCACAUGGAAAUCUGAGAAAUUAGUGGAUGACACUUUGAUUCAGAUGGAACUGCAGAUGGGAGACGCAUGGAAAGUAAAAGAAUGAUUUUAAAACUAUACACACAAACGUAAUGGUCGUUUCUUGGAUUCAGAAUAUGAACUUUCAAUGUUAGAACGCAGGAGUGGGACCAUCUCUAGAACCAUCGAGAAUCUCUGGUUCACCUUUGGCCACAGUAACGAUGCUUCUCUUGUGGUUACUUUUGGCGGGCGCGUGGCUGUCUCUAGAUUAUUUCUCUUUGAGAGGUUGGAAAAAAGAAACACACAUUUUAUUAUUUAAAAAAAUCAUUUUAAAGGGCGUACUGUUAUUUUUUCUUUUUUAACUUUGAAAAUAACCUUUCAAGCCGAGUCUUCAAAGGGGGUGGAGCUUGAGAAUGACUGUCAAUGAGAGUGCAUUUAAAUGUGGUUUCAGAAGUCAGACGCUUCUCUCAUAGGCUUCCGCUCUGGGUCACUUCCGACUUAAAAAGGCCCCAAAUGCUCUGAGCUCGCAGGACAGUGCCCAUCUUUUUAAAGACGCUCGCAGGCCUCAGAGCUAAACCUUCCAUUUUGAGAAGCUCUGGUGUUGUGGUUCGAGUGGUUGAGGAUAAGAUGAUUUGGACGAACGAGACGUGCUGCGCGUUUCAAGGCCAGCUGCUCUCCAGAGUGCUGCCGCCUGUGCUGCUGCUGGAAUGCCUGCUGGGCAUGCUGGGUAACGGUGGGGCCCUCUGGAUCUUCUGCUUCUACGUGAAGCCCUGGAAGAGCAGCACGGUCUUCCUGUUCAACCUGGCUCUGGCCGACUUCCUGCUCAUCGUGAUCCUGCCGUUCCGCGCCACCUACUACCUGCGCGGGCUGGACUGGGCUCACGGCGAUGGCUUCUGCCGCAUCGCCCUCUUCAUGCUGGCCAUGAACCGCGGCGGCAGCAUCCUCUUCCUCACCGCCGUGGCCGUGGACCGAUACUUGCGGGUGGUGCACCCCCACCACCCCGCCAACUCCGCGCCCGUCUCCAGGAGCGUCUGCGUGGCCGUCGCCGUCUGGCUCCUCACCAUCUCGCUGACGGCCUACCUCCUGUUCGAACCGAGGCACUUCCCGGGGCACAACAAAACGUACUGCGACAGCUUCAUCAUCUGCCCCAAUUCCACCUCCAACGGGCACCGGGCCAUCUUCGUCUUCUCCUUCUACUUGCCGCUGGCCGUCAUCCUCUUCUGCACCCUGCAGGUGGUGCUGCAACUCAGGAAGCAGCAGCGGGACAGGCAGGGGCGGAUCCAGCGGGCGCUCCACCUCAUCGUCCUGGUGGCAGGCGUCUUCGCCAUCAGCUUCCUGCCGGCCAACGUCACCCAGCUGAUGAUCUGGGCCAACAACUCCAAAGAAUGCGACGACUCCUUCGAGCGCCUGGACACGGCCUUCUACAUCACCGUCAGCCUGACCUACCUCAACAGCGUGCUGGACCCCCUGGUCUACUACUUCUCCAGCCCCGCCUUCAAGAAGGUGUACAGGCGAGUGGCCCGGCUGAGCCUGAGGAAGAGCGAGGAACCGAGCCCAGCCCAGGACAAGACCAGGGACACCGGCUCCCAGAGCCUCAGCCAGCUGUGACCCAGCACCAGCAGCACUCCUCAAAUCUAGAAUCCAGACUUGGGUCAGCUGCUUUAUCUGAAACAAUUUAACCCCUUCAGACACCUGUAAAAUUCCUGCAGAUCACUGAAAACACUCAGAACUAAAUUCAUAAUUUUUUUCACGGAACUGAUCAAGUAUAAUUAAGAAAACAUUUUUCCACUUUAUUUAUGGAAAAUACAUGUUGUGAAAAGGUGCGUGAAAGGCACUAAAUGCACACAGUAACCGAUCGAUGAAGACAGCAUUUUAAUCGCAACUUUUGGUUAGUAACAUUUUUGCUGAAGGUUCUCCAGAGUUCUGCAGGAGUGGUUUAAAAUUUUACCAGGGUCUUAACAAAUAAAGCACUUAAAAUAUAUAUUUGACCGAGAUCU